UUAACAAGAAGAAGAAGAAGAAGAAGAAGAAGAAGAAGAUGCACGUUGUGUCCUCUGAAGUUAACUAACUUCAAUUCCACUAAUCUAACUAAACACUUCCACACGAUGUCAUCUAAAGGCCGAGACAACGACGACAGCUCUGAGUGGCAGUCUGCACUGAAGGAGGAACUCAACAAGAAGAUCAAGGAGCAGAAAGUUGUGGUGGACGAGCUCUCCAACUUGAAGAAGAACAGGAACGUUUACAUCCAACAGAGGAACAGUAACAUUUUCUUCUUGGCAGACAGAGGUCAGACACUGGGUUCAUGCAAAAAGGAACUGGAUAAUAUGAAAAAGGAGCUGCAGGACAUGUGAGCCUGAUCGUCCUCUCAACAAUGUGUGGCAUCUUUUGUCAGCUGACUCUGUCACCUGCUCACUUUGAGUGGGACAAAACAGUUUAUGAACAUCUGAAG